ACUUUUGAUCAGUGGAAUUUAGAAACAAUUUUAAGAAGUGAAAUUAAAUUAGCUGAAGAAAAUCCAUUCUUCAGUGCAGUGUUGUGAGAAAUAUUAAGCUACAGUUUAGAAUCUAAUUUUGCGUAAGAAAUAGAUCUUACCGUAUUUUUUUACCAUACUUUGUACUCCGGUGAAAAACAAUCGUAGUAGUCAACAAAUUGCGUUUGUGAAUCGAUAUGCGGAAUUAUUAUUAAAAAAAAUUCAUUUUAUUUUAAUAAUACAUUUCAACGAUGGGCCAUCCGAUCGAAAUAGUAAAAACUUCACCCGAUCAUUCUUUUGUGUUUGACGAAGCAUCGCUUACUCGAUUACUAAAUCAAGAUGACCUGAAGGAUCGCCGCUUAAUCAUCGUGUCGAUGGCAGGGCCCUUUGACAGGUCCAAAGAUCUGUUGCUUAAUUUUUUUCUGCGUUACGUGAAUUGUCAAUACAAACUGAAAAAUGGGUCAGAAGAGUGGAUGGGUGAUGAGAUGCAACCACUCGAAGGCGUAUCCUGGCAAAACAAUGACAAGAAGAUUGGCAUACAAAUUUGGUCUGAAGUAUUCAAAACCGAAUUGCCCAAUGGUGAAAAAAUCGCCAUCGUAUUGAUGAAUUCGCAGGGAUUUUUCGGUUGCCAUUCGAUUACGGAUCAUCAAAGUGCCUCCGUAUUUGCAUUGACCACAAAAUUGUCGUCUAUGCAGCUCUUCUUUUUGCCUGAAUGUAUCAGAAAAAAAAAUUUGCAGCAACUGCAUUUUAUUAUGGAAUAUGUAGAGCUUGCAGAAAACCAAUUCAGAGAUACAUUUGGCCAAAGAUUGAAAUUUCUCGUACGCGACUGGCCUUACCCUCACGAGUACAAGUAUGGGGCCGAGGGAGGUCGUGAUUAUUUGCUGCAUACAUUUGGAUAUUCAAACAUUCAAGAUCAAGAGCUGAUCUGUUUAAAAGAAAAACUAGAUUCUUAUUUUUCUGAAUAUUCUUGCUUUCUUAUGCCGCAUAGUGGAUAUCAAAUCGCUCAGAAUAUCAAACUUAAUGGUCUUUUAUCGGAAAUAAGAAACGAUUGUAAACAAGUGAUCAAAAAUUUGGUGCCGAAGCUGCUAGCACCAGAAAAUCUUGACAUCAAUAAGAUUGGUCCGAGCAUUGUCACAGCUUCUUCGUUACUUGAACAUUUCAAAAAUGGGAUCCACUUUUAUCGAAAUUUGGAUCUUUUGAAAAUUCGAAAUAUUCUCGCCAUAAAAUACAAUUUACCUGCAAUGCUAAACGCUGUGGAUAUGUACGAAGCAUCGAUGAAUACCUUUUGCGGCCCAAAUUUGCCUUACUUAAAAAAUGAGAGAUUUCAAUUAGCACAUGACGUUUGCUAUAAUCAAGCAAUUCAAUACUUUGAGAAAGAAAAAAAACUUGGAUAUGACGAUGAAUCUGACAGGAUGUUGAAAGAGGCAAUUGACGAAAAAUUUGAAGCUUUCAAUGAUAGCAAUCAGGAUAAAUUUUGUGAAAGAAUUCUAUGUGACAAAUCGGUAAUUCUAAUCGUUUUAUCGAUAAUUUUAUGCAUUAUUUUUUUCAUUGUUCGAGCACAAGAAAAAGUAGAUUCAGAUGAUACAAGUCAAUUUCCACUUGUAAAUUUUAAGUAUAAAAAAUAUCCAUCAUUUAAAAGUAAUAUAUUUAAGCCCCGUUUUGGCUAAAUUUUUUUAUGAAAAAUAAUUAAAUGAGCUGGUAUUUAAUUCAAAUAGGUAUAAGCUGAAGAGCACUAAAUACAUAUACUGACAGCGAAAUGACAUAUUUUUAAUUGACAAAUUUAGUAAUUUUUAUCUUAACUGGAGGUAAUAGUUAAUAUUAUUUUUUAAUGAGUUUUGGUUUUUACUUCUCAAAAGUACUUCUAUAAAUGAGUAAGUCAGUGAGAAACAAACACUAUUUUACAGAAAAUCAGAAGAAACUAUGAGGCAUGACUUUCAAACUAUUUACUCGUUCAAUUAUCUUAAAAAUGUAUUAUCUGUAAAAUAAUUGAUUAUAUAAAAUGAAUAAAACCAACUUUUUU